AUGCAGCUAUCCUUGUUGGGAGACUCACCCACCACAGUCAGGUGUGCGACCCGGGUCGACCAACGGAUUAGUCAGAGUAAAGCCCCGGAUACCGUGGCAGGCAAAAAAAAAAAAAAAAAAAAAAAAUAUCUCCCCUGUAAAUUCAGUCUUCUCUUUUUUUUCUCCAUUGGAUUUAAAUCCAAGACAUCACCCUCAGACACCAUCAAGGAUUCAGAUUAUGAACAAAGGAAUUGUAAUUGUACCCCUACUGGUGAUACAAACAAUUCAAGCAUUUGUUCAUUAGUUGAGGGAGGACCGGAGGGGCUCAGGAUGGAGAAAUUAGUUGAGGUAUCCGACCAAGAAAUUCGCAUAGAUUUUGCUCUGGGCUGCAAAUGCCGAGUCAAUCUCACUCUCACCUCAGUCAUUCCCGCCGCCCCCGUGGCCUUCAAGGUCCAGACCUCCGCUCCCCACAAGUUCCUCGUCAACCCACCCGCUGGACUCCUCCCUCCCUUAUCCACCGCUCCCUUACAAAUCAUCCUCAAGCCCCAAUCCCUCCUCCCUCCCACCUUCCCCCGUUGUCCUUCCGACCGUUUCCUCAUCAAGACCGCCCUUGCACCCGACCUCACUCCCGAUUCAAUUCACCCCGACUUCCUUACCUCCUGGUUCAACUCCGUCCCCCACCGCCCCACUCGCGACCUCAAGCUCAAGGUUGCUUUUGUGGGCCCGUUGCUUCUCCACCAUGCCUCCGGCAUCGGAGAUAUCGAGGCCGUCAGGAGCAUUAUCAAGCGCCAAAGGUCUGUGGUUGCUGAUCUCUCAACUCGGGAUGCUGAGUCCUUGUAUCGAGCCGCCACUCAGGCCAGGGAAAACUCGGAUGAAAUGGUUAGUCUGCUCGUGGAAGCUGGGCUGAAGGUUGGCGCCCGUGCGGGCUUGGAUGACGCGAGGUUGGCGUCGAAGGGGUGGACGGAGUUACACGUGGCUGCGGCCUUUGAUCGGACGGACCAGGUUGAGAGGAUUGUGAGAAUGAAGGACCUUGGUUCGCUGGAUGGUAGAGAUAAGGAGGGAAGGACGCCGCUGCAUUUGGCGGCAAGCAGGGGACACUUGGGCUGCGCUAAGCUGUUAUUAGGUGCAGGGGCGAGCGUGGACGCGAGAUGCAGAGAUGGUCGCACGGCUUUGUUUAGGGCCGCGGCGACUGGACAUCGUCAGAUGGUGGACAUGUUAAUUGAGAUGCAAGCCAACCCAAAUAUAGCAGAAAAAGAUCUGGGCCGUUCAGCUAUUGAUGUUGCACGAGAUAAAGGACACUUUGAGGUAGCGAGAGUGCUUGAGCGAGGCGAAGCAGUGCUUCAUGCUGCGAGACGUGGAGAAUUGAAGCUGCUUGAGUCACUGCUAGAGACGGGUGCAUCCAUGAACUUCUGUGAUCAGUAUGGUUUGACGGCAAUACAUAUGGCUGCUAUCAAAGGGCACAAAGAUGCAGUUAUGACACUGGUUGAAUUUGGGGCUGAGUUGGAAUGCCAGGAUGCUGAAGGCCACACCCCGUUGCAUUUGGCUGUUGAAGGUGGAUGCUUCGAGACCGUGGAGGUGCUGAUUAAUCGAGGAGCCAAUGUUAAUGCCAAGAGCAAGAAAGGUGCUACUCCUCUUUACAUUUCAAGAAUGAUGGGGUAUGAAGAUGUAUCACGCCUUCUCAGUGACAAAGGGGCUGCUUCUUCGGUUUCCUCAACUUCACCCUCUUCCGUACUGUUUUGACAAUGUAGCCGUGCGAUGGUACCAUUGAUUAUCUUGAUUCUGUGUCGGAUGCUCAAUCUCUCUAGUUUUAUCUCCCACACUUGCUAAAAAUCAUGAGUAAGCGUAUGCAGAUUGCAGAGCCUCCUCCCUUUGUAGGAUAUUAACUUACCUGCCUUGAAUCUUACUGCUUACUAUCAUUUCAAAAUGCCUA